UCCGUAGCUCCCACGGCGAAGAGGAGUUGUAGCCUUCUGCCAUCUCCAAACCAUAAGCCCCCCCAUUAUCUGCGCACUUCUGCUUCCAUGGUGGACGUCGACCGCCACAUGGCGGCCCUGACACCCGCCCACGCCGCCGGCCUCCGCCGCCUCUCCUCCCGCGCUGCCGCUGCUCCCUCCUCCUCCUCCCGUCGCCGCGGCCUCCACUCCCACCGCCCCCUCGCCGAGGAUGUCCUCUCCCACCUCCGCGCGUCUUCCGUCCCCCUCGGCCCGGGACUCUCCGAGCCCGAGCUCGCCCGUCUUGAGGCCGAGCUCUCCCUCUCCUUCCCCCCGGACCUCCGCGCCCUCCUCGCCCUCGCCCUCCCCUCCGCUCCCGGCUUCCCGGACUGGCGCGCCCCCCGCCCCGGUCGCCUCCUACGCCUCCCCCUCGCCGCCGCCGCCUUUCAGGUCGCCCAUGGCGCUCUCUGGCCCCGCUCCUGGGGGCCUCGCCCUGCCGAGCCCGUGCGUGCCAUCCGCUGCGCCCGCGCCGCCCUGCGCCGUGCUCCCUUGCUUCUUCCGCUCUUCCGUCGCUGCUACCUCCCCUGUUACCCCUGCCUUGCUGGGAACCCCAUCUUCUACGUGGACGACACCCGCGUCUUCUCCUGCGCCCUCGACCUGGCCGACUUCUUCCAGCGCCAUUUCGCGGCCCUUCAGCCCCCGGCGCCCUCCUUUCCCCGGAGCCUCCACGCCACCGCCGGAUUCAGCCCCCGCCGAAUAGACUUCUGGAGCGAAGCCGCCUUCGACAGCCACUGCCGAAACUCCUAUUCAUCGUCGUCGUCGUCGUCCUUGUGCACCUCCUCUUCAUCCGCUCCCGAGACGCCUUCCUCGUCUUCGUCAUCACCGCCGCUGGACCGGGAGCGGUGCGUGGAGAUCCCGACGCCAAGAUUGACCUGGUUCACGAGCUACCUCGACCGGCUCGGCUCGGUCCUGAGGCAAGGCGGGUGGGGGGAAUCGGACAUCAGUGAGAUGGUCUACAUGUCGCCUACGGGGGCCUUCAACGGCUGCCAGGACGCCGCGGUCGACGCGGGGGCGAUUCUCGACGCGCUGCUCGUGAAGGUGGACGUCUGCUCCGACUCGCUACUUAGAGCUGGCUGGGGCUCCGACGAGUUCCCCGACGCGCUGGGCCUCGACCACGGGCCGCGAAGAGGGACGGAACGCCACCCACCGGUGAAGGUACCGCCGGCGAUUGCUCUUAAAAUCGAGAAGCUCGCCGAGGCUUGGUAA